UUUACUGCAAAGUGCACAGAGGAACCGAAUAAAGCGCCGCAAGCAUGCUGUCGCUUCUGCAGGAAAAGCGUCCACUUAAGCGCACACGCCUCGGACCGCCGGAUAUUUAUCCCCAGGAUGCCAAGCAGCGCGAAGACGAAUUAACGCCCACGAAUGUUAAACAUGGCUUCACAACAACGCCGCCGCUGUCCGACGAGUUCGGAACGGCGCACAACUCAAAUGUGAAUGCGAGUAAGGUGAGCGCCUUCUACAGCGGUGUGCUGGCCAAGAAGGAGGAACUGAUGACACUUCAGGAUACAGUGCGGAAGAAGCAGCAAAUCAAUUGCAAGGACAAUUUUUGGCCCGUGUCCCCUCGGCGUAAGUGCGUGGUAGAUGCAUGGUUCAAGGAUCUGGCCGGCAAUAAGCCACUACUCAGUCUGGCCAAGCGUGCGCCCUUUUUCAACAAAAAGGAAGAGAUUUUCAUAACGCUUUGUGAGAAUCAGGUCAAUAUGCAACGUGCAACCUGGUUUAUUAAACUGAGUGCUACCUACACACUGAGCCUGACGGAAUCGAAAAACAAGAAGCGAUCUAUAUACGACCCGGCUGCUGAAUGGACGGGUAACAUGAUUAAGUUCAUGAAGGAACUACUGCCAAAACUGCAGGAAUAUUAUCAACAAUCGCACGACAAGCCAGCAGCAAAUAGAGAUGCAUCAAGUGGUGGAGGUACAAACACCAAUGGCAUUGCAUUAGGCGGUGCCAACAGCAAUGGUGGCGGUUCUUGCAGCUCCACACCUAAUGUCAUACCCGUGCCCACCAUGGCCAGCCCACUGCCACCCAUUCACAGUCCAGCCAAUGGUCAGCCAGGAGGCAGUGGCAACGUUCAAAAUGCCGGCGGCUCUAGCGGUAGUACUGGAGGAGGCGCCAGCCAAAAUACUUCAGCUCUAGCACCAUUGAGCGGAAGCAACACUGGCGCUUCGAGCACCACUGGGGCAGCCGGAGGAGCUGCAGGUGCCGUGCCACCGGGCUCCAGCAUAUCGGGCAUAGGCAGCCAAUUCGAGGAUAGUCGCAACGCCCUGAAAUACUGGAAGUAUUGUACACAGCUUAGCAAAUACAUGUACGAGGAAUCGUUGCUAGAUCGCCAGGAGUUUCUUAACUGGAUAUUAGAUCUGCUGGACAAGAUGAGAACUCAGGCCAGCUUUGAUGAGCCCCUUAAGAAGUUGGUGCUCAGCUUUGCGUUGCAAUACAUGCACGAUUUUGUUCAAUCGGAACGCCUGUGCCGUAAGAUGGCUUACAUUGUGUCAAAAAAGCUGUCAGCUCUGCUUAAUACGGCAGUGGAGCAACAACAGCAGGCACAAGCAAUCAUUAAAUCUCAAGCCAUGGACCUGGAUAUGCCCGAAGAGCAGUCGCGCAAGGCAGCAUUGGAUCCGUAUGAAAGCGCACUCCAGGAAUAUGUGAGCUGCCCGCAUCACCGCGAUAUUGUGCUCUACCUCAGCACCAUAUUGCAAAUCAUUACUAUUGAGUGUCCUACGGCGCUGGUAUGGAGUGGAAUUGCAGCACAUCGUGCUCCCUCUUCACUGGUCGGCAGCCCGCUGGACCAUUUACCCCUCGCCCCAUCUGUCUUGCCAAUGCCCACGCGAUGCACAUAUACCAACAAUGAAAUUCGCGGGCAACUACGCGCCGCCGAAGCCGACAUUGUACUCCGCACUCAGCAUGCAGAGCAGCGUUGGUUUGCGGCCAAGUGGCUGAGUGCGGGUAAGAACCAUUACACGCAUGUGUUGGCCAUUUUGGAUCAUCUGGACACUCAUUGCUUUGAGCGCAUGGAUCAGUGCAAUUCCAUUGACACGCUCUAUGCCAGAAUUUUUCCGCCCUAUAUGGCAGUGCGACGAGAACAGGGCGCCAAUGGUGAGGUGCAGGAGACGCGGCAGCCUUACGAACCCAAACAGGAUGCAGACACCGUUAAAAUUCUGUGCGAGUGGGCCGUGUCCAGUCAGCGCUGGGGUGAGCAUCGUGCGAUUGUAGUCGCUAUUUUGUUGGACAAGCGCCAAAUCGACGUCACCUCCACGCCUGCCGAGCCCGAGCAAUCCGGCGCUGGUGGCGUCAGCGGUGGUGCUAGUGGCACACAGGAUGACAAAGAUUCUGUCGCCUCAGGCGCAGGCCUCAUCGACGGUCUGCCCGUUUUCCAGCACGUCCUCAUGCAUUACCUUGAUCAUGAUGCCCCCGUCCUAGACGAGCAUACGAGUAAUGCUCAGCAACGGGCAGAGUUUACUAAUCUAGUGCAGCUAUUUAGUGCCCUCAUACGUCACGAUGUGUUCUCCCAUAACGCCUACAUGCAUACCCUGAUCUCGCGUGGUGAUCUGCUUUUGGAAUCAACGGUCCACAAGACUGCGGCCAAAACCUCACCACCAGCUCCGCCGCCCACCACGCACAAUUUCGACGAUGAUUUUGCGACCGGCAUCGAUUUCAAACACAACGAGUUCGACGAUUCCAAUGUGGACGAUGAUCUGGACAAACUGGUGCAGAACAUCAAAGAGAAGGGACAACAGCAUGAAGCGCCUGACAGUCCCAAGAUCGGACCGCCGGGCGAUCAUGACACGACGGCCACCAUUUCCCGACAUUAUUUAUAUACCAAACAUUUUCCCAUACCUCAGGACGAUCCCACAAUGUCAACCUACAGCAGCGAGUCCAAUCAGCGUUAUAUUCUGCUCUUUGGUGUUGGCAAGGAGCGUGAUGAGAAGAAGCAUGCCGUGAAGAAAAUGUCUAAGGAGAUAUGCAAGCUCUUUACCAAGAAGUUCAGCAUUGAUGUCGCCGAGGGCGGCAAGGUUAAGAAGCACUCCCGCAAUGAGUUCAAUUUCGAGGCAACCACCGCCAAGUGCCAGCACAUGGCUUAUUUUGAUCAGCACGUGGUGACGGCCCAAUGUGCGGCAACUGUUCUGGAGCAGCUCAAUGGAUUUGCUUUGGGCAACAACAACUAUUUGCCCGUACAGGAGCACGUUGCAUUUCUCUUCGAUCUCAUGGAGCUGGCUUUGAACAUUUACAGCUUGCUGGAAUUAUGCGAUCAACUGCUCAAGGAGCUUCCAGAGGUGGAGCAUCAGCUACAGCUAAAAAAGUCGAACAUGGUGCGCAGCUACACCACCUCUUUAGCACUCUAUAUUGUGAGCAUUCUGCGACGCUAUCACAGCUGCCUGCUUCUGUCGCCGGAUCAAACGUUAUCCGUAUUUGAGGGUCUCUGCCGCACCAUCCGUCACGUGCAGAACCCCAGUGAAUGCAGCUCCGCGGAGCGUUGCAUCCUUGCCUAUCUGAGCGAUCUCCACGAGUCAUGUGUUUUGCUCCAGGGCAAGGAACAAUCCGCCGAAUACUAUCAACAAUUAGGAUGCAUCAAACGGUUCAAGGACAUUUUUAAUACCCCCGAACAGCUGAGCAUGGGUCCGCAGCCGUAUAAUGCUCAGGUGCUGCAGGAAGUCUUCCUGUCACCCAAGCGGGGUGGCAAGGUUGAGGCCCAUUGGAUACGACAACUGCAUGAGUCACCCGCGAAUGUGUAUAGCUUUGUAUCGAAUGCGCUGAUCGCUGUUUGUCGGGAAACAGACAACGACCGCCUUAAUGACAUUGCCAUUUCCUGCGCCGAACUGACGGCCAGUUGUAAUGUGCUGUCCGAGGAGUGGAUUGAGGCAUUGCAGAGCAUCUGUGGUGGAGCUAAAAAUCCACGGUAUUCACAUCUCUACGGACCGGUAGACAUAUUCAAUGGAAAAACGCACAAUUCACUGGCGGUAUUCGUAUGCAUUUUGGUGGCAAGACAUUGUUUCUCCUUGGCAGAUUUUGUCAGCAAAUUUGCGCUUCCCACGUUAGCGCGUUCUGUGAGCGCCGGUGGAGGUGAGAUCACCGCCGACGCAGAGGCGGGUGCACGACUAACCUGCCAUCUUGUGCUGAAACUAUUCAAGACGGCGGAUAUUCUAAUUCCACAGCCAGGCAUGUAUUCGGUGAGCACUUCCCCCAAUCCGCUGCAUGCCGUGGGCAAUGCAUUUAGCAUUAAGCUCAGCUGUGAUCGUCACUUGCUGGUUGGUGCUCACAAGAAUAUUCCGAUUGCCGCCGUUCUCGCCGUCCUCAAAGCUAUACUUAUUGUAGUGGACAAUGCCGCAUUGAAGACGCCCGUAGCCGGAAGUAGCGGCGGCAGCGCUUUUGGUAAUGGCAAACGUAGCGGUUUCAGCACACCUGUCCAUCCAGGCAGCACGCCGAAGAGCAACGAACAACGACCUGCCGAUCUCAGCCAAAUCCUUGGCACCAGCGACCUUAAUAGUCUCGGCAGCGAGCAUGAGUCUCUGCAGUCUAGUAGUUUAGGGGGCGGUGCACAUGGUCUGGCUGGAGGCGUUGGCGGGGGCGAGCAAAUUUCGCUCUUGGAAUUCGCCCAGCACGUGCUUAAGCAGAUUUGCGCUCAGGAGCAUGUUCUGGAACGCUGUCUGAAAAAUGCGGAGCAGCUGUGCGAUAUGAUCAUCGAUGAGAUGCUGACAACUAAACAGGCACAGCGUGUGCUCCACAUGAUUUGCUAUCCGGAAGCAGAGUUCAACAUCAUCUCAGAGCUGGAUCAGCGCGCAAUGAUUGUUCGUAUUCUAGAGAACUUGGGACAGUGGACGUUGCGCAUAUCGUGGCUGGACCUGCAGCUCAUGUAUCGUCAAUCGUUGAGCAAUCCCGCCGAGCUUAAUGUCUGGUUAGAUACGGUGGCGCGUGCCGCCAUCGAUGUAUUCCACAUGGAAGAGGAGUUACCCAGCGCUUUGCAAGGAGGUGGAAAGGCGACACACAAGCCCAAACCUUCCACCUGGCUGGUUGCGCCACUCAUCUCCAAGCUAACGCUUGCCGUUCAAGGAAGAAUAUUGCGCGUCGCUGGGCAAGUCCUUGAAAGCAUGAACUACUUCUCCAAAGUGUCUAAGUCGGACUGCAACAGCUCGGGGAGCGGGGAUGAGCGCGAGAAGAGCAACAGCUGCCACAGUAGUAACAGUUACAGCGCCGCUGCGGCUCGCAACAAAAAGAUGCCCCUAAACUAUCAGCCAUUCCUCGGUCUCAUACUCACAUGUCUGAAGGGGCAGGACGAGUACAAGGAGAAUCUUUUGGUGUCGCUCUACUCCCAACUCUCGCAGUGUCUUCAAUCAUUUGCUGAGCUGGACACAAUAGGUGGCAUCGAUGAUCCGCAGGCUCGUGAGGAAAUACUGGAUGCUCUGCAGCUUCGCUUCUCCCUUGUUGGCGGCAUGUUCGAGGCUAUUCAGAAGAACAGCACGCCUACCACAGAUUGGGCAAUAUUGCUCGCUCAGCUGGUUUGUCAGGGUGUGGUUGAUCUAAGCUCCAACCGCGAACUGUUCACCACUGUGGUGGACAUGCUGGCUACACUGGUGCAUUCCACUCUCGUCUCGGAGAGCCAAUCGGAGCGUGAUGACAACAAGAAAUUUUACCUCAAUCUAAUGAAGAAACUGAAAAAGGAAAUUGGCGAGAAAAAUAAUGCUUCCAUACGGGUCAUACGACAACUGCUGCCUCUGUACAAACAACCCACUGAGGUUAUUGCCUGUGAGCAUGCUGGCAUGGACACCAAGGGCAAUAAGAUAUGUGAUAUGGAUAAGAAGCAGCUGCGUAUUUCCGAUAAGCAGCGGAUCAGUGUAUGGGAUAUCCUUGAAGGCCACAAGAAUCCAGCGCCAUUGUCUUGGGUCUGGUUUGGCGCCGUCAAAUUGGAACGCAAGCCACUUACCUAUGAGGAGGCUCAUCGUAAUCUCAAGUACCACACACACAGUUUGGUAAAGCCAAGCAGUUUUUAUUAUGAACCAUUGCCGUUGCCGCCAGAGGACAUUGAGCCAAUACCAGAAAAAAUAUGCAUCAAGGACGAAAUGAUGAAGGCCGAUACACCCUCGUCAGUUGAUCAGUCGCCUAGCGCAGUUGUGGGCACAGGACGAGGACGUGUAAAGGGUACUGCGACGCGAAAACGCAAGCCGAAGAAUCCAAAGACACCGCCUGUGGUCAACACGCAACAGCAACCACAGCUGGCACCACAGCCACAGCAGGCCCAAAACCCCCAACAGCAACAGCAGCAGAUGCAACAGCAGCAGCAACAACAACAGCAGCAGCAACAACACAUGCAGCAACAAAUGCAAUCGAAUCAAAUGGGACAAAUGCAAAUGAACAUCCCGAUGAACAUGCAACAAUUUCCACCCAAUGCAAUGAUGCAGCAAAACGCUAUGUUACAACAGCAACAGCAGCAACAACAAAUGCAGCAAAUGGCGCCAAACCAACUGCAACAACAACUCGUCGGUGGCAAUGGACCACAGAAUCCUCAGCUUAAUUUUAUGCCUGGACCGGCCGGCGGCCCACAAGGCAUGCCCAAUCAGGGCAACAUGAAUGCAGCACAACAACAACAAUGGCUAAAUGCGCCACAGCAACAGCAAUAUCAAUAUACGAACCAACAAAAUAUGCACAUGAAUCGCAUCGAACGUCCGCCUCUAAAUGCCAAUUCGAAGCAGGCGCUCUCACAGAUGUUGCGUCAACGCCAGCCCGGCUCAUUCCAGCAGCAACAAGGACCAGGAUUCAAUACAAUGCAACAACAGCAGCCGCCUGGACCGCAGCAGCAGCAGAUGAAUGCGAAUCAGAUGCGACAACAGCAAAUGAAUGCCCAACAGAAUCCACAAGCGGCAGCAGUAGCGGCCGCUGCCUUCAAUGCCAUGCAACAACAACAGCAACAAAAUGUGCAGCAACAGCAAAUGAAUCCAAACCAGCAACAACAGCAGCAGCAACAAUUCGGGCGUGGCAAUAUACGUGGCAUGGCACCGAAUCAAAUGGGGGGCGGACCGCAACAGAUGGGUGGCAUGAACAUGGGACCUCAGACAAUGCAACAAAAUCCAAUGAUGCAGCAGCAAAUGCAACAGGGUAUGGUCAACAUGAAUCCAAAUGCCAAUCAAAUGAUGCAGGGCGCUGGUGCGGGAGGCAGUGUCGGCGGUGUUGGUGUUGGCAACAACCCCAACAUGGGCAUGGGUGGAAUGCAGCAGCAGGGCAUGAUAAAUCAGCAGCAAGCACAAGUGCAAUUCCAAAACUUCCAGAAUCAGUAUCAGCAACAACAACAGCAGGGCAUGCAACAACAAGGCGGUGGUGCUGCAGGCGUCGGUGUGGGUGUGGGCAUGGGACCCAAUCAACAACAGCAGCAGCAACAGCAGAGCGGCCUCAUGGGCAACUUUAAUCCACAAAUGCAGCAAGCGCAACGCAAUAAUCCCGACUUUAUGGCUGCAGCAGCAGCUGCUGCGGCACAACAGCAGCAACAACGCGGCGUACCUGGCGGCAUGAUGGCUGGGAAUCGUGGACAGUACAUGAAUCAAGCUCCAAAUGUGACGAUGACGAAUAUGAUGGGUCCAGGACCAGGUGGCGUUGGCCAGGUACCACCCUAUGGACGUCAACAGCCAACGAGCGGUGGCAAACCAGGUGUGGUACCCACACAGCAACAAUUUCAGCAGCAGCAACAACAGCAACUGCGCCACCAGCAGAUGAUGCAAAUGCAGGGCAUGGGUGGCGGUGGCGGCAUGGGCGGUGGUCCACAAAAUGCUGGUGGUGGUGGAGCUGGUGGCGGCGGGGGAAUGGUGCAACAGCAGCAGAGCAUGAACCAACAGCAAACGCCAAAUUUAGUUGCUCAGCUACAACGGCAAAUGCCCAACCAGCCAAAUAUGAUGGGUCAACAACAACAGUAUCAGCAGUACUAGCUUAGUAAAACUAUAUAUUUAUUGAAUUCACAAAGACCUUCAUGUAUAUUUGUAAUAAAACAUUUUGAAAUUUUCAUCGCGA